ACUUAUGCCGAGAUCUAUAGAGCGCACUUACACUUUGCUCAGACUAAACUAUCGAGUUAAGUCAUAUUUGGUAUUUAUAGAGCAAACUACGAAUCUCUCGGAGUGUUGGCUUAGCUUUAUCUCAAGUCCACGAAAUCGACGACUUACCAAAAACUUUGACUAUAAGCCUAACAAAAAUAAUGGCCCAAAAUUUACUUUGCCAUCAUAUGUUUUACUUGACUUUUUAUUUUGUCGUAUCUGCCCUAUAGCAGUGACAUAUGUUGACAACAAAAUUCAAACUAACUUCAACUCUCGCUUCAAAUCUGUUAUUUUCGUUUGCCUAAAAAUAUUAAUAUCUAAGAUAUUUCAUCUUCUCUACCGUGUCACAUACUCUGGUACUGAUCAUGACAAUAAUAGUGAAAGCUGGAGACCAAAGAGGGCAAGAGCGUCCACUAUAGAUGCCACAUUUAAAUAUGUAAAUCAGCCGGGAACAAGCCGCAACUGGACUGAAGAAGCUGGGUUGACGGAAACCAGUGUUGAAGUCACCACUAAAAGUCAAUCAGCAAGCAGAAAAAAUAAACCUUCAUUUGAGGACCUUAAAAAAAAUUGCUGUGGCAAGAGUUGGACAACAACAAAAGAAAAUAUGAGAUAG